AUGGCAUCGUCUGGGCGAGGCUCUACGGCUGUUCCCAGCCAAGGAAAGCCCCUAGAUCUCCCACAGCUCCAGCCAGCAGAGGACCAUGACAUAGUUCUCAAGACCAUCCGGAUGUUGGUGGCGGACCUAUGUCAGCAGUUUGGUGGUGGUCACCCUGGUGGCGCCAUUGGUAUGGCGGCAAUCGGAGUUGCUUUAUGGAAAUACGUGAUGCGGUACUCGCCUGAAGAACCGGAAUUUUUCAACCGCGACCGCUUCGUUCUGUCAAACGGACACACUUGCCUUUUCCAAUACGUCUUCUUACAUUUGAGUGGCUACAAAGCCAUGACAUUUGACCAGCUCAAGUCAUAUCACUCAAAACGUACAGAUGCUCUCUGCCCAGGUCACCCCGAGAUCGAGCACGAGGGCAUCGAGGUAACCACAGGCCCGCUGGGACAGGGCGUGGCAAACGCCGUCGGGCUCGCCAUGGCUACCAAGAACCUCGCCUCCACCUAUAACCGACCGGGCUUUCCCGUUGUCGAUAACCAUACUUGGUGCAUGAUUGGCGACGCCUGUCUGCAGGAGGGCGUGGCCCUCGAGGCUAUUUCUCUCGCCGGUCACCUGGCGCUCGACAGCCUGACUAUCAUCUACGACAACAACCAAAUCACCUGCGAUGGGUCUGUAGACCUGACAAACACCGAAGACGUCAACGCCAAGAUGAGGGCGUGCGGGUGGCAUACCGUGGAUGUUGAAGACGGCUGCUUUGACAUUGAGGGCAUCGUCAGGGCUCUGGCUGAAGCGCGACAGGCCAAACAUGGGAAGCCGACCUUCAUAAACGUCCGGACUGUCAUCGGGUUGGGCAGUGCCGUCGCCGGCAAGGCAGAGGCUCAUGGCGCAGCUUUUGGGGCAGCCGAUGUGGCAAACAUGAAGCGCAGCGUUGGGUUCGACCCGGAACAGCACUUUGUCAUCGGUGACAAGGUACGCGACUUCUUUGCCGAAAUUCCCACGAGGGGUCACAAUCUUGUCGCCAACUGGAAGGGUCUUGUUAGCAAGUAUGCCGAAGCACACCCGGGAGUGGCCCGUGAGUUUGAUAGGAGAACCAGGGGCGAGCUCCCGGAGAACUGGAGGGACCUUAUCCCCAGGAGCUUUUCCGACAAGCCCACAGCGACGCGAGCUUCUUCCGGGUUGGUGCUUAACCCGAUUGCCAAGGAUAUAAACUCGUUCAUGGUUGGGACUGCAGAUCUGACGCCGUCUGUUCACAUGACAUGGGAUGGGAUGGAGGAUUUCCAGAAUCCCAACAUUCGGCCAACCUGCGGCAUCAAUGGCUCCUACAAAGGCCGCUACAUUCAUUACGGCGUCCGCGAGCAUGCCAUGUGUGCCAUUUCCAACGGUCUCGCCGCCUUCAAUCCGGGCACCUUUGUUCCGGUGACUUCGUCCUUUUUCAUGUUUUACCUAUACGCGGCGCCGGCGGUGCGCAUGGGCGCCCUUCAGAAGCUGCAGGUGAUUCACGCUGCCACGCACGACAGCAUUGGCAUGGGCGAGGAUGGGCCUACUCACCAGCCCAUUGAGCUGGCGACUCUGUUCCGCGCCAUGCCAAACCUGCUGUACAUGCGACCAGCCGACAGCGAGGAGACAGCGGGUGCCUGGGAGGUUGCCAUAGCCGAACGGACCAGGCCGAGCAUUGUCAGCACAAGCAGACACAAGCUACCGCAGUUGGCUGGCAAGUCAAGCCGUAAAGGCGUUGCCAGGGGCGCCUACGUUGUGUCGGAGCCAGCGGACGGCAAGGCAGACUUGACAAUGCUGGGUGUUGGCGCAGAACUGUGCCUGGCCCUGGAUGUGGCUGAGGCCUUGGCGGAGAGAAACGUCAAGGCCCGCGUCGUAAGCUUUCCUUGUUGGCGGCUGUUUGACGAGCAGCCUGUGACGUAUAGGAGGGAGACGCUGCGGCGGCACGAGGGUAUACCCGCCGUCGUCGUAGAGCCCUACGCGCCGAACGGAUGGGAGCGGUAUGCCGACGCCGGUGUAUGUCUGCGGCGGUUUGGACACUCACUGCCGGGACCAGAAGCGUACAAGUACUUUGGAUAUGAGACGUCAAAGGUUAGCGAAAAGAUUGAGGGGUAUCUAAAGGGCUUGGAGACGGGAGAGUGGUUGAGGGGGGAGUUUGCGGACUUGCAAAUUUGA